UAAGAAAGUAACCAAGAUCCUUUGGGUCCUCCUCGAUCUUUUUUUUUUCCUCUUCUAUCCAAAUUCAGACAUCCUCAAUCUCUGUCUCAAUUUCGCCAUAGCUAUCAUCUUCUUGCUCUUGAAUUAGAGAAAAAAAAAAACCCUUGUUUCUCUUUCUACACGAUAACCUAACUCUCUCUCUCUCUCUCUCUCUCUCUCUCUCUCUCUCUCUCUCUCUCUCUCUCUCUCUCUCUCUCUCUCUCUGCAUCAUUCUUCUUCUUCGCAUGUGCAAAAGCUAUCACCAUCUGUUUUGAUUGAAAGCUAAGUUUCCUUUCAAUCCAAAACGGAAGAAAAUUGAAAGUGUGUAUGUCAAGACAAAUCACCAAACUACAAGAAACAAAACACACACACACCGUAUUGUUCCUUAAAGACCCAGCAAGCAGAUUUUUUCUUCUUCUUCCUGACAUUUUCCUCGUUUUUGUUUUCUGGUGAUUUGGGAUUAUUGUUUCACCUUUUUCUCUCCUUCUUCUGCAAUGUGGGUUCGCAUUUGGUGGCGAUGGUGAUCAUUUCUAGGGAUUGUGGUUUGCUUUUUUGGUGAGCAUAUAAAGAGAAAAACUCUCAAUGGCGUUGUUUAGAAAGUUCUUCUACAGAAAGCCUCCUGAAGGGUUAGUGGAGAUCUCAGAGAGGGUUUACGUCUUUGAUUGCUGCUUAACAACGGAUAUGUUGGAAGAGGAAGGGUACAGAGUCUAUGUAGGACGCAUAAUGAGUCAGCUACGAGAACAGUUUCCAGGUGCAUCUUUCAUGGUGUUUAAUUUCCGGGAAGGAGAAAGUAGAAGCUUGAUGGAGAGUGUGCUCUCUGAUUAUGACAUGACCAUCAUGGACUACCCUCGUCACUAUGAAGGUUGCCCUUUGCUUACAAUGGAAACAAUCCACCACUUUCUUAAAUCAAGUGAGAACUGGUUACUGCUAAGUCGACAGAACAUCUUAUUGUCUCACUGUGAGCGAGGAGGCUGGCCAGUUCUAGCUUUCAUGCUUGCUUCGCUCUUGUUAUACCGCAAACAGUUUAGUGGAGAGCAGAAAACGCUAGAGAUGAUGUAUAAGCAGGCUCCUCGUGAGUUACUGCAGCUAACGUCCCCACUAAAUCCUCUGCCUUCUCAGUUGAGGUUUCUUCAGUAUGUUUCGAGUAGGAACGUUGGUUCACAGUGGCCGCCGCUAGAUCGAGCCCUUACAUUAGACUGUAUCAAUCUUAGACUAAUUCCUGAUUUUGAUGGUGAGGGUGGUUGCAGACCCAUAUUUAGGAUAUAUGGUCAAGAUCCUUUUAUGGCUUCAGACCAGACUUCGAAAGUUCUUUUCUCGAUGCCUAAAAGAAGUAGAGCUGUUCGGUAUUAUAAGCAGGCAGAUUGUGAGAUGGUAAAGAUUGACAUCCAUUGUCAUAUUCUCGGUGAUGUCGUGCUUGAGUGCAUUACCUUAGAUAGUGAUCAUGAGAGGGAAGAGAUGAUGUUUCGGGUUGUGUUCAAUACUGCGUUUCUUAGAUCAAACAUUCUGAUACUUAACCGUGGUGAGAUUGAUGUACUGUGGAACACAACGGAUCGGUUUCCCAAGGAUUUCAGAGCUGAGGUUAUAUUUUCAGAGAUGGAUGCUAGUAACAAUCUUGUCUGCGUUGAUUUGCCUCACAUGGAAGAGAAAGAUGGUCUACCUAUGGAAGCAUUUGCUAAGGUUCAGGAGAUUUUUAGUGAUGGUGAAUGGUUGGAUCCGAAUUCUGAUGUUGCUGUGACUAUUUUUAACCAAAUAACAGCAGCAAACAUCCUUCAAGAAAGCUUGGAUUCGAGUUCUCCUCGAAGCCCUGAGUCACGUAGCUUAUUGGAAUCGGCACUUGAGAAAGUUAGGGAGAAAACGAAGCUGAUGAUAUCGGAGAACGUUGCUGUAAGCCCUGAAGCAUUCUCUCCUGAGUGGAAAGAUAAAGAUAUAGUUUCCUGUCAUAAGUCUUAUGCAGAUCCGAAUUCACUCAUUAAGAAGGUUGAUGAACCGCAUGGACUUCGAGUUUCAGUCCAAAGACAAGCCCACUCGAAGAUAAUUUCACCUCGACUGGUCCAAAGUUCUGUAACAUCACCAGUUUUAAAUCAUAGCCCCAAAGGAUCACCUGCUUCAGUAUCCAGAUUUCACAGCUCCCCCUCUUCCCUUGGGAUAACUUCAAUAUUACAUGAUCAUAGUUCUUGUAAAGGUGAAGAGGCUACUUCAUCAUCACCAGGCUCACCUUCAAUCACAUUGCAUCCACUGAAACCAUCUCUACUUAAAGCUUCUACACAACAGUCGUCCACGCCUGUUCCUUCAAAUGGCCCUCCUCCAGUAGAAGCAGCAGUGAGGCCACCACCGUUGCGACUGUUGAAGCCACUUAAAAUUCCGUCUCCUCCUCCUCCUCCUCCACCUCCCGUAGCAACACAAGGGCCACCUCCACCUCCUCCUCCUCCACCUCCACCACAGUCUCAACUUUCUUCACAGUCAUCUUGUCCUCUGCCACCACCGUUACCUCCAAAGAAAUCGGUAGCUUCAACUAACGCUCCACCUCCACCACCACCACCGUUGCGUUCUCCAUGCCCAACAAAUUCUUCGAUGGUGAAAUCCCCUCCUGUGCCUCCUCCACCAGCUCUUGCACCACUGUCUCGUUCUCAUUGUAAUGGAAAUGGAAAUAUUCCUCCAGUCCCUGGACCACCAUUGGGAUUAAAGGGGCGUGGGCUUUCACAGAUGAAUCUUAGAGGUCAGGGUCAAGCGAGAAAGACCAACUUGAAACCGUAUCAUUGGUUGAAGCUGACUAGGGCAGUGCAAGGAAGUUUAUGGGCUGACGCUCAGAAACCUGAUGAAGCAGCUACUGCUCCAGAGUUCGACAUCUCUGAGCUUGAGAAACUCUUCUCAGCAACGAAUCCUAGCUCUGACAAUGAAAGUAAAGGCGGAAAAUCAGGUCGACGUGCCCGACCCAAAGUUGAGAAAGUGCAGCUGAUUGAGCUCAGACGAGCAUACAACUGUGAGAUCAUGCUUUCUAAAGUUAAAAUACCUUUGCCUGAUUUGAUGAGUUCUGUUCUUGCAUUGGAUGAGUCGGUGAUAGAUGGUGAUCAAGUUGACAAUCUAAUCAAGUUUUGUCCAACAAAAGAAGAAGCAGAAGUGCUCAAGGGCUACACUGGAGAUAAGGAAACUUUGGGACGGUGUGAGCAGUUCUUUUUAGAAUUGCUGAAAGUUCCUCGAGUAGAGACCAAGCUAAGGGUUUUCUCAUUUAAGAUUCAGUUCCACUCCCAGGUCAGAGGCUCAGCUAAACUAAAAAGAAUCAUGCAAACUAUACUUUCCUUGGGCAAUGCCUUGAACCAUGGAACUGCAAGAGGCUCAGCUAUCGGAUUUCGCUUGGAUAGUCUUCUGAAACUCACAGACACUAGAUCUCGCAAUAGUAAGAUGACUCUGAUGCACUAUCUCUGUAAGGUGCUCGCCGAAAAACUUCCAGAGCUACUUGAUUUUCCAAAAGACCUGGUGAGCUUGGAGGCUGCAACAAAGAUUCAACUAAAAUAUCUAGCAGAGGAGAUGCAAGCAAUUAGCAAAGGGUUGGAGAAAGUUGUACAAGAACUGACUGCAUCUGAAUCUGAUGGUCCAGUAUCAAAACACUUUCGUAUGAACUUGAAAGAGUUUCUUAGUUUUGCUGAAGGAGAAGUUAGGUCCUUGGCUUCUCUUUAUUCAACUGUGGGUGGAAGCGCCGAUGCAUUGGCUUUAUAUUUCGGAGAGGAUCCAGCUCGUGUACCAUUUGAGCAAGUUGUGUCCACUCUGCACAACUUUGUAAGAAUAUUUGUGCGGUCACACGAGGAAAACUGCAAGCAAGUUGAGUUUGAGAAGAAGAGAGCACAAAAGGAAGCAGAGAACGAGAAACUUAAGAAAGGUGUGUACAAUGAGAACUGAAAACACAACUACAUACACAAUAGGUUCUUGGAUCUCCUUGAGUUGCCUUUAGCAGUCCUGGGAAUCGGAAACUUCAUGGUGCUGCUCCUAGUUCUGCUUCUUUGCCAUAAAAGUUAGAGAAUUUUCCAAUUAGUUUAUCAACAGACAAGACAGUGGCUUUUGGAUUUAGUCUUUUAGAUUAGAAGAAGAAGGAGGAAACUUUUGUUCCUCUGGUUAGGUUACAAAAAAACAGCUGGAAUCUGGCAAGUAGCUGAUAAAGAAGAAGUGAAGAUUAAGCUUUGUGAUUUGAUGAAAAUAGUAUUAGAUAGACUUAUGCAAGAGCUUUUGAGUCACUCCCUGGUUUGAUACAGAAACAGAAAUUUAACUUCUUGUGUAUAAAGUUUUUGGAGGGAUAUGUAAAUAUUGAGUGAGUGUGUGUGUGUCUCUUAUCAACAUUAUACGAUUUUUACAUCCAAUGAAAUAUUCAGGCGUCUCUUUUCUCUC